GGCGGAGCCCCGCCUGGCUGAACUCUGGUCGAAGUGGCCCGGCGCUUGGGACCCGGUGAAGGUAGCAGCGGCAGCGACAUGGCCUUUGCCUCUGAGGACAUUGCAUACCACAGCUCAAAUGCUGUCUACAGAGUCCCAAGCAACCGUCAUGAAGCUGACCAGGAAGCCCUACUGGGAAAACCACUAGACUACCCAGCCCCAGGCCUGCAGAGGCCAGAGGACCGCUUCAAUGGUGCCUAUAUCAUCUUCUUCUGCCUGGGAAUUGGCGGCCUACUACCCUGGAACUUUUUUGUCACUGCCAAAGAGUACUGGGCAUUUAAACUCCGAAACUGCUCCAGCCCAGCCUCCGGGAAGGACCCAGAGGAUGCAGACAUCCUGAACUACUUUGAGAGCUACCUGGCGGUUGCUUCCACUGUGCCUUCCCUGCUGUUUCUGGUGGCUAACUUCCUGCUUGUCAACAGGAUCCGGGUGCAUGUCCGAGUUCUGGCCUCACUGUCCGUCUCCCUGGCCAUCUUUGUGGUUAUGGCCGUGCUGGUGAGGGUGGACACUUCUUCCUGGACCCGGGGCUUCUUCAGCAUCGCCAUGGCGUGCAUGGCCAUCAUCAGCAGCUCCUCCACCAUCUUCAAUAGCAGCGUGUAUGGCCUGACGGGCUCGUUCCCCAUGAGGAAUGCCCAGGCACUGAUAUCAGGAGGAGCCAUGGGAGGGACAGUCAGUGCUGUGGCCUCCCUGGUGGACCUGGCAGCAUCCAGUGACGUGCGAGACAGUGCGCUGGCCUUCUUCCUCACAGCAGCAGUCUUCCUUGGGCUCUGUGUGGGGCUCUACCUACUGCUGCCCCAACUGGAGUAUGCCAGGUACUACAUGAGGCCGGUUGUCCCAAUCCACGUGUUUUCUAGUGAAGACAGCCCACCCCGGGAUGCUCCCAGCACCUCCUCCGUGGCCCCUGCAUCCAGAGCAGUGCACACGCCACCCCUCGGACCCAUCCUGAAGAAGACAGCUGGCCUGGGGUUCUGCGCCGUUUUCCUCUACUUCAUCACCGCCCUUAUCUUCCCCGCUAUCUCCACCAACAUCCAGCCCAUGCACAAGGGCACCGGCUCUCCAUGGACCUCCAAGUUCUAUGUGCCCCUCACCGUCUUCCUCCUUUUCAACUUUGCUGACCUCUGCGGCCGACAGGUCACAGCCUGGAUCCAGGUGCCAGGUCCUAGGAGCAAGCUGCUCCCCAUACUGGCAGUCUCUCGCGUCUGCCUCGUGCCUCUCUUCCUGCUCUGUAACUACCAGCCACGCUCACACCUGACUCUGGUGCUUUUCCAGUCUGACAUCUACCCUAUACUCUUCACCUGCCUCUUGGGGCUCAGUAAUGGCUACCUCAGCACGCUGGUGCUCAUGUAUGGGCCCAAGAUUGUGCCCCGGGAGCUGGCUGAGGCCACCAGUGUGGUGAUGCUGUUCUACAUGUCACUGGGUUUGAUGCUGGGCUCAGCCUGUGCGGCCUUGCUUGAGCACUUUAUCUAGGAGGGGUGGCAAGGAUGUGGGUUCUGUGUGAGUGAGUGUGGUUUGGGUCCCUGGGACCUGGACAGGGUGAGCCGAGGUCUCAUGGCGUUAAGCAAGGGGUUGGUGUUUUGCUUGAUGUACAGCAGAGCCCACUCAGACUGUCUUUCUCUCAGACACAUCCUUGCACAUCUUGUUCAAGGAGACAUUCCAGACACAGCCCAGCAUGGUGGCUCACACCUGUAAUCCCAGCAUUCAAGAGGCUGGAGCUAGAGGACUGCUGUGAGUUCAAGGCCAGCCUGGCUCCAUAGUAAAACCCUUUCUCAAAAAAAAAAAAAAAAAAAAAAAA